UGCCUGGAUGGAUAAAGAGUAAAGACUAUAAAGACCACAGACCAGUGAGGGAGACAGAAGAGCAGAGCAUGGAGCGGAUCCUUUCUAGCUUCCGCCACUGGUUGGUGGAGCAGCCGGUGGUGAGCGAAUUCGAGUGGAAGGAAGGCGAGACAUGGGGCGCCUCCACCCAAUUCCUGGCCACCACCGUCCUCACCUAUCUCUCCCUCACUCUUCUCAUCCAUCUAGCCACCUCCCCACCCAGACCCAAAUCGUCUGCUACACCACCGACCCCAUUUCUCCUCCGCCUCAUUUCCGCCGUCCACAACCUUAUUCUCCUCGUCCUCUCUCUCAUCAUGGCCGUUGGAUGCACCCUCUCCACCGCCGCCCAGAAGCCAGACACCCGCUGGAUCUUCUGCUUCCCCCCAAACCAGACCCUACCUCGCGGGUCCGUCUUCUUCUGGGCCUACGUCUUCUACCUCUCCAAGAUCCUGGAAUUCAUCGACACCCUCCUGAUCCUCCUCAGAUCGAACAGGCGACUCACGUUCCUCCACGUGUACCACCACGCGGUCGUGGUGGUCAUGUGCUACCUCUGGCUCCACACGUCCCAGUCGCUGGUGCCAGUGGCGCUGGUGACGAACGCAUCUGUGCACACGUUGAUGUACGGCUACUACAUGCUCUGCAGCCUGGGGAAGCGGCCGCCGUGGAAGAGGCUGGUGACGGACUGUCAGAUCGUGCAGUUCGUGUUCAGUUUCGCGGUUUCGGUGGUGAUGCUUUGGUUCCAUUUUACGGGAGAAGGGUGCUCCGGCAUCUGGGGUUGGUGCUUCAACGCUGUAUUCAACGCCUCUCUCUUGGUUCUGUUCAUCGAUUUUCAUUCAAGCAACUACGCCGGACGGAGUAAAGGAGAGAGGGAGGCCAAAAGCUCUUGAUUUGGUCAAUGGUCAUGGUUUUUGUUAGUGUUUUUUCUUUGUAUUAUUGGGCCUUACCAAAUUGACGGCCCUGAUUGAUGAGAAAUGUUCCCGCGGUGGAUGCUUUCCUUUCAGAAUUGAUGUGUUAGAACUUAGGGCCUAACAUCCGAAAGUGUACUAAUUAUUGGUGUUCGUGAACUUUUAUUUCCUUGAACUCUAAAUAUAUGGAUGUUAUUCUUAAUUAA